UCGCAAUGAUAACGUCUGCUCUGUAUUUUUCCAUGCGAGACCAGUCGACAAUUGGUCGUCUGAUCUGCCUCGCAGAAAAAUCGAUGACAGAUCCAAAUUGAAAUGUUCAAGCCCCGAAUUCGAGAAGAGAUAUGUAGGUGAAAGCUCAUCACUAUCCUCUCGUUCCAAAUUAAUUUUGACAAGUUGAACGUGGAUAUUCGACGAGAAAUAAUCAAUCUUGUUAUUGUCGAGCGAAAACGAUAGUCGGCGAUUGACAGGCGCGUAUGUGACAGCGAGACGUAACGCGUAUGUGACAUCUCGCAGUGUCUGUCAGAUACAUCCUUCCCGAGUUUAGCGCUGACUCGACUCGAAAUGCCCGAGCAGAAUGUCAACGAUCAAUAUACAACAUGGGUCGGACUCACGUACAUCUUCAAUCUCAUCGUUGGAACAGGCGCCCUGACUUUGCCCGGGGUAUUCAGUCGAGCAGGAUGGGCGUUAGGAUUAAGCGUUAUUUUAAUAUUAGCGUUCAUCAGUUUCAUCACAGUUACAUUCGUGAUAGAAUCGAUGGCAUCGGCUAAUGCCAUAGUCACCUGGAGGCAUAUUCAGCAUCGGAAACGUGUUCUACAAACAAUAGGUGAAUCUGGUCCUUCCAAUUCUGAUUCAGAAGAUACUCCAUUGGUAGCACCUCCUUCGACUAGUCCGGAGCAUUCAGAUAUGUCUUAUAGAUAUUACGUAAUUCGUGAUAAAAUAGAGAUGGGCCAGAUGGCAUCUAUCUUUUUUAACAGAUUUGGCAUUAUUCUGUUCUAUUUAUGUUUUGCUAUAUAUCUAUAUGGAGAUUUAAGCAUUUAUGGGGCAGCAGUUGCAAAGUCAUUAGCGGAUGUUGCCUGUACUUAUCUGCCAAAAAACCUUACAUGCAAUGACACCAUACCAGAUACUGAACUUUGCUGGGAAGGUUUUAUGAUCAAUCGAUUCGAUGCAUAUAGAAUAUUUCUGACAAUAUUUGUACUGUCAUUGGGGCCGUUUGUGUUUUUUAAUGUUCAGAAGACCAAGUAUCUUCAGCUGCUGACUUCGAUAAUGCGUUGGCUCGCAUUCACUAUAAUGAUUGUCUACGCUUUGAAAAGUCUUUUCAUACACGGUCCUCGCGGCGAGCCACCUAUCGCAAAUUUAGCCGGAGUUCCCAGCCUCUUCGGCGCUUGCGUUUAUUCCUUCAUGUGUCAUCAUUCGUUACCAGCAUUGGUUGCACCGAUAGCGAAUAAGUCUAAGUUAAAUCAAUUUUUAGCUCUCGAUUACAUACUAAUCGCCUUCUUUUAUUUACUGUUAGCUAUGACAGGUAUUUUUGCCUUUGAGCACUUGGAUGAUCUUUAUACUUUAGACUUUGGACCACAUGGCUCGGGUGAUUGUUCCAAAACAAAGAGCAUUUCUUCCAACGGAUUUCGUGGAUCGCACAGCCUUAGUACCACAGUAGAUCAUUCCAAUAUGAAGGUUCAAAUAUUACCAGCGCUUCAAGAUAAUUAUAUGUAUUUGAUUAUUGAUGAAGCAACACAGGAAGCUGCUGUUGUGGAUCCUGUUGAUCCAGAAACUGUAGCUGCAGCUGUUCAACAAAAUAAUGUCAAAUUAACAAAAGUCUUAACUACCCAUCAUCAUUGGGAUCAUGCUGGUGGAAAUGCAAAAUUAUUAAAAAGCUUUAAUGAUCUUACCAUAUAUGGUGGAGAUGACAGGAUAGAAGCCAUUAAUCACAAAAUUACGCACAAUGAUACAUUCAAUAUUGGCAAUUUAUCAGUCAAAUGUUUAGCGACACCUUGCCAUACGCGUGGACACAUCUGUUACUAUGUUACAGGAGAAGAACAUCCGCCAUCUGUAUUUACAGGAGAUACACUCUUUGCUGGAGGAUGUGGAAGAUUUUUCGAAGGUACUGCUGAUCAAAUGUACAAGGCACUUAUUGAAAUCCUGGGCUCCUUACCUGAAGAAACGAAAGUUUACUGCGGCCAUGAAUAUACAGCUAACAAUCUCAAGUUUGGUUUACACGUGGAACCCGAGAAUAAAGCAAUUCAACAAAAAUUGGAUUGGUCACACGAACAACGUGCCAAUAAUCUUCCAACCGUGCCUAGCACUAUUAAAGAUGAAAAAUUAACAAAUCCAUUUAUGAGAGUACAUGAACCAACUGUUAUGAAACACGCACAACAAAAUGAUCCUAUUCAGACAAUGUCUUAUUUAAGACGCGAAAAGGAUAAUUUUAAGGCUUAAGAAACUUUGAAUAAUACUGAAAUAUCUUUCUAUUCAUUGAGUAUAUAUUUAUUAAUUAAUAUAUUUAAAAUGGGAAAUAUAAAAU